GCACCUUCCUGCUCAACUGCUUGGAAUUGUUGCUCAUCUGCUCCACACUUGCAAUGUCCGAUUCCCCAACGCCAAGCCAAAACAAACCUAGCAGCUCCCACGAAGUCGAGCGGAAACUUCGAUUUGCACGCCAAACCAUCAAACUCCACGAGCUUCGAAAUGAAAGAGUGCAAGCCUCAAUCGAAACAUCAAAUUCCAAAGUGAGGAAACAAUCAGCGCUCAUCCGCGCCCUGUACGCCAAUAGCUUAACUCAUAGCUACCUCCAAAUCGAAACUGCUCGAGAUUCUCACCCGUUUAGAAAUCCAGAAAUUUUAAAAUUCAAUGGCCCGACGUAUGCGCUGACACGAGGACUUCUACCACGCUUGCGUCGCCUACUUCUCGAAAUGACAGACGCCCUAGAACCCACUCGGUUCCAAGAGCUGCGUUUUUCGGACCAGCCAGACCCCAUGGAGCUGGAUUGGCUCGGGGGGAUACCUGACAAUGCAUGCCAACUUCUAUCGAGUGUCUUUGCAGAUUGGUACUCCUACCCCGAGGAAUACCCCGGCCCAAGUUCGCACCCAUGUCCGACUUCCUCUUAUAUCCUACAUUCAUAUCAUUAUCCCGAAAUCAUUUGGGCAGUCGAUCGGAUAACAAGCGAUAUAGUCCAUCUACUCCGAAACUACGCCGAACAAUCACAAGAUGAGCCAGAGCUCUGGAGUCCCGAAUAUGGGCAAGCAGAUGUAGGCCAGAUAUUACGACUGAUUGAUCAAAUGGUUGACGAUUUGGAACAUCCCCGCACGAUGAUCCAAAUCAAGUGGCAACGGGUCGUCAGGGAGACCCAAGUCAUGGAACUCGCCGUGAUCGAAUGCUUGAAGCCCAAAGAGUUACGCGAAACGAACAACAGAGAAGGAACGUUCGAAGGCACUCAUCUCGAGCUGGAUCAGUGGGUUCCAAGGGAAGACAUGGAUCAACGCGAAGUCGACCUCCGCAAAAGUUUCUUGCCGGUCUUGAAGAUCUGUCGAAUUCUAUUGAAUAAACUAUCCAGGCCGACCAGCAGCGAACCGCUUGUGAUCCUCGAAGCCGAUAUGACCGUUUUGAAUAGAUUAUACGAGGAAACACAUAAAAUGGAGAGUAAACUUAGGAAGUUGACCAUCAUCGUCUUGACCUCCGACACUGCACGAGCACGCAGAUACCUGCGUCAUGAUUGCCUUGCAAGUUUUCGACUCCUUGUACAGUCAAAUCAAUCCUGCUGGCAGGCUUACAGAUCUGAGGAUUCAGAUCUUUCAAUCCUCAUUCAAACCGCUCUUGAAUGGUGUGAAAUGUGGACAGUUCAAUAUCUGGCUGCUAUCAAACAUUUUGAAUGGAAACUCUCAGUAGCACAUUUUGAUGAUAUUUUUUAUAAUCAAAAUGACACUAACAGUCAAACAGAAAGUGAUGAUUUCUUUAGUAGUUCUGAUGAUUAGAACUAUUCUACAAUAAAUACCAAAUGUUACAUCAAGAUUUGUUGCUUGUGAUAACUACAAUCAUAUUUAGUUUAUUUCCUUUGGCUCUUGUUUGUGUGGUGGGUCUUGUUCAUCAAGAAAGAAUUUGAUAUAGAUUGUGUUUAUUGUUGUGAGCCCUGAGACCAGAGUA